GUCCAGAAUGAAGCUUUGUGAAGCAAGUGCCACUUUGGUAUUUCCAAAUGGCAUGAAAUCUUUACAGCAGCUUCAUACCAUCAUAUAACCCCUCUAUGCCAAACUUCAGCUCACAGAGAUCAAGUAUGUGAGUGCAUCAUCCAAAUCUUGAUUCUGGACCAUAUUUGGCAGUUGCAAAGCAACUCUGUUAAAUCUUGAUCCAAACCCCUCCAUAGUUACCAGGAUGUAAGUCCUUCUUUACCUCAACCUCGUAGACAACUCCAUUUGACCCAAUCCCUCUCCUGUGGAUCACCAGUGGUCAUCAAAGUUUACUGCAGUAAACUUCAGGUGUUAACUGCCAUUUAACCGUGUCACUUUUAACCAAACUACCACCGCAGUUGCAACCUCCCCAGGAAGGACUCCACCCCAGACAUCGUUUGGCAUCGCUUGUGGCACUGUGUGCACCAGUGCGCGCGAUGACCACCGCUUUGGCAUGCAGUGUGCGCGGUCAGAACGUCGUUUGUGCUCGAGCCCCUCCUCCUCUCGUCAGCUUCGCGCUCUUGAGCAUGUCUCACCGUUUUACCACGUCGUCGCCGUCCUCCUGGAGCCUUCUUCCCCUCCGUCAGCCCCUCCGUCAGCUCUCGUCGCCGUGCGCCCACGGACGCACUGUGGCCGACCGAGGCUUUAAUGGCGUUCGGCCGCUUCUCCUCUGCACCCUCGGCCCCCCUCACCCUGUGCGCUUCUGUAGCUCGUCCGUUGCCUCCCUCGUCGCCUUCCCGUGCUCACCCGUGCUCGCUGCGUGUCGCCAGAGCCUCGGGCGGACGUGCCCGGCGGCACCCGAGCCCAUCCCUCUCGCCCCGGCAAUAAGUAGCCAUCCCCCCGAGCCGGUCGAGCACACCAGCAGCCUCGCCUCACUCCCAGCUCCCUCCCCAGCCUCUCGUUCGAGCUCGAGGAGCUCCUGUCCCUCUCAUGGCCGCCGUGCCCGUCACCGGCCCCCUCCUAAAUUCGGGCAGUGCAGCCUCUUUCUCUCCAUCCCACCACCACCAUCGCCUUCCCCACACUCCGGCGACCCUCCUCCUCAUCUUAGUUUCUCGCCGGAGCCCCUCUGGACGCGUCUCCUCGGAGUUGGCCGCCGCCCCGUCUCGGCCUCCUCCCGUCGCCGUGGACUCGGUCCUCUUCCGGCGCUGCAGCUGCUCCAGGCGGGAGCAGCGCUCCGCCCCGCGCCCGCCAGUGCCUUCACUCUGGUCGGGGGUGACCGGAGUUGGCCGGGCCGGCGCUGGCCUCGCUGCUGCCUCGCCCUUCCUCUGCUCUGUGUGCGCGUCGGGGAGGAAGGAGAAGGAGCCAGGCGAGAAGAGAGAGAGGGAGAGGAUAAGGCGGGCCCCACCAGGCAGCCGCACAGCGUUGACCCCGCCCGGUCCAGCAUGGAUAAGUGAUGGGCCCCACCCACGUGGGACCCGCACGUCAGCGUCACACGCCCCGGUCCCGCCUCGGCCGACUGGAUUAAGUGGAGGCGUACUCGGUCGAGUACCUUUUCAUCUUCGGGAAAGCGCAUUUUCCCUCUGCUUCAGCUCAAAGGACUUGUUUGUGGUGAUAUUUUUGUAGAAAAGUCCCUGAACUUCAACCCUUCAUAUCUUUUUAACCACAACUCCAAAUGAGGUGAUUCCAAAGCCCACUUCUUCGUUUAGUCGAGCCCGUUCUGUUGGUUUCAUUUUCACUAUGGUUUGACACUGUGAAAAUGACCUUUUUG